AUGAGAUUUUUAUAUCUUUAGAUAUAUUUUCAGAUUGUAUUAUUUAAACCCUGUUUUCUAAGAAAGUGCCUCCCUAAUCUAUAUUUGAUUUACACUGUACCUCACAUAGUUUCGAAAUUAAUAUUUGUUUUGAUUUCACUCAAUACUCUUGUCAAUAGAAAUGUGAUGAAUUAGCAGCUUAGUACAUCCUGAUCCUGAAUUGCAUGUUUGGUGUAGUUUAGCUUUAUAUAAAUGAAUUUUAGACACUACACUUAGAAUUUCAUAUUUAAACAAUGCCUGGACUAGAAAAAAUACAUUUAGAAGAUGCCUUAGAAGAUAAUCCUCAGACACGGUCUAUGGUUUCGCUGUUUGAACAAGAUGCUGACUUAUUAAGAGAGUAUGUUGAAGUAUUACGAUCACAUUGUGAAAAAGUUCUUAAUGCUCAAAAAGAGCUGGCAUCUGCAACUUCAAGUUUAUCCCAACAUCUUAGAGCUUAUGAAAACCAACGUUUUCCUCUAGACACUGAUCCUGAUAGCGUGCUCAAAACAACUUUAAAAGAAUUUGCUGACACAUUAGAUGAAGUUAGCUCUUUACAACAAGUUUGUGCUGCACAGUUAGGAGAUGGGAUGCUUUAUCCAAUCAACCGAUUUAUUGAUGCUGAUUUGUCUGAUAUCUUUACAAUGAUGGAAAUUUUUGCAUCUGCCUCCAAUGAAAUGGAGCAGUCUGUUACGAAAUUCUGUAAGUGUUCUAAAAAAAGAGACAGUGAGAAAGUCAGACAAGAAGUCAAUGAAGAAGUCUACAUGGCUACAAAAAAAUAUCACCAAACUGCUUUACACUAUUACGCCAGUAUGAAUGCUUUGCAGUACAAACGUAAAAUUGCAUUGCUAGAGCCAAUACUGGGAUAUCUUCAUGCUAUUCGAUCAACAUUCUCGGUUGGUCAAGAAACAGUUAAUACUCCAGAAUUGGAAACUUUUUUGACAAAUAUAGGAACUAGUAUACAGGGGGUACAGACAGAGAUGGGACUUGAAACUCAAAAAACUGUUGAGUUGAUCGAUACUAUCGAGCAGCAAAGUAAACAUUUAUAUUACGCAGAACCUCCUUCUGAUAUGCCAUAUAUUCCCCCUAAUACUGGUCUCUCGCAAAAGAAUGGAUAUUUGUUUUUGAAAACAAAAUUCGCUGGAAUGGUUACCAAAUGGGAACAUGUGUUUGUAUAUACAUUGGGUAGUAAAUUGAUGACUAUGUCAAAAGGCGAUCUUGCCGGUAGUGUUCUAUUGGAACUCGACAAAACUGCAACAACAGUGCCACUUGAAAAUGAAGAUCGACGUAAUGUUUUCCAAGUCACUAAUGGAAAAAAAUCUGUUGUGUUACAAGCUUUAAAUGCCAGGGAACGAGACGAGUGGAUUUCCUCCAUUCAUAAUAUUGCUAAGGACAUUGUAGCUAACAGAUCAUUGACUAGACAAUGCUCUAAGGACAGGUCUUCUAGACAAAAUACAGUUGAAAAGUCUCUAUCAGCUUCAAGUAACACUUCAAGUACUGAAGGGGAUGCUAAGUUAAAUAAUCCUGCAAGUUCUCCCUCUACUCCAGUUGAGAAUCUUUUGUUGGAAACACCUAUUCAGUUUGACUUAUUUUCUCCCGCUGAAGACCGAGAACGAUCACAAUCUAUGGAUCCCCCUGAAGAUUCAACAUCAGAUAAAAAAUCUGUUUUGUCUGAUGAUUCUGGGCAAGACAAUUCUAAUCCUUCACCUUUUUGGGAAGUCUUUGCUGUUCGAUUUUUAGGCUCAAUGCAAGUUCAAAAAGAUAGAGGUGACUAUCUAGUGUACCAAACUAUUCGCCAUAUAAUGGCUGCUAGAGCUAUUCAUAAUAUUUUUAAGACAAAUGAAUCUCACAUGGUUAUUACUCAUAGAACUCUUAAAAUUCUAGAUCCAUCUCAUCAAGCUAUUCGAGCAUAUUAUCUCUUAGAAGAUGUCUCCUUUUGGACUACACACAAAGAAAAUAACAGGCUACUUGGCUUUAUAACUAGAUCAAAAAUUGACCCUGAAAGCAAGCCAUCAUUUCACUGCCAUGUAUUUGAAGCACAACCUUCAGCUGAUGAAAUAUGUACAGCAUUAUCCAAAGCAGCCAACAUUGCUUUAUCAGUUCUUUUGGAGAAAACUCUGAAUUCCACUGAGGAUCAAAACUUGGAUAGCGUAGCUGAUCCUAAAAACAGUUCUUCCCCUGAGCAAAAUGAGAAUAUUCCAAGAGAACCAGAUAAAGAAAAAAGCAAAGAUGCUGAUCUUCCUGAACCCAGUGAUGCAAUAUAAUUAUAUUGUAAAUAAUUUUUUAAUUAGAUUGGUUAGAUAAAAUAGACUCCAGGGUU